AUGAGCAGUCUAUACGGCUCGUCGCCCACCCGAGAGGGCAUGUUCAGCGACCUGCCAGACCGCCAUGUCGCCCCCGACAUCUUGGCAGAGGAGGACAGGUUCGAGGUGUUCAUGCCGGCCGUCCAGUCGCUCGUCAACGCGCUCGGUGGCUACGAAGAAAUGCCCCAGAGCGACGGGACGUUCAUGACUGUCUACCGGCCUGGUGACUCGGUUCUUCCUGUACUCAAGGACUUGAAGAAGCUCUGGCGAAAGGACGACACGGACGAUGAGCGCACAGUCGCACGGUGUAUGGCCAAGGCUGGGCUCAUGAAGGAGUUGGUCGCGCUCGUCAAGGAGGUCACGGACCGUGGGGAGUGGGGAAGAAAGAUAUCUCUCAUGUCUUGCGACCUCAUCGCCGCUUUGACAUGGCCUAUCGACGUUGCCAAGGAGCUCAAGGAGAUGGAAGAGGAAGGACCUGUCGUCACAGACUAUGCCAGUCUGCUGCGUGCCCAGGUGGAGUACAAGGCACAACUACUCCAAGGCGACACACUGCGGUACAUCAUGAGGCUCCUUACUCUCAGUUUCGCAAAGCAAGGGCGCCGAGAGGAGAAGGACGAGCGCAUCAUCUCGCUUGGUCUGCACAUCGUUCGCAACCUGUUGGCGAUCAGGGAUGUUGUGGCCCCAGAUAAUGCGACUGGUGAACAGGAGGAACUGUCACAUCUCCAGUCUACACUCAUUACCCAGUUGCAGAAGUUCGAAUUCAUGGACAUGUUCCUUGUCCUCGCCUCGCAUGCCGACCGCACAGAAUUCAACCCCUUCAACAUGCUCAUUCUGGAUGUGACGCAACUGCUGUUCCGCUCAGUCAAGCCAGUCGACUUGGCAAGAGACCCAGUCAAAGCACCAGUCGAGAACCUCGCCAAGCUACUCAGCAACGAGCUACAGGCCAAGAUCCGAAAAGCGCGUGCUGCUCCCUCCCGCCACUCGCGUUUCGGUACCACCAUCACAGUCAAGGCUGGUGGACAAAAAGUGAUUCUGCAUUCCCAAGAUGCCAUUGCACAGGAUGCUGCCAAGGUCCUGGACGAAAUCAAGAAGAAGCGCACGGGCAGGCAGAAGAAGGCGGAUGACCUGACUGUGGACGCGUACAUCAGUCCAGAGGCCAUGGCAGUGCUCUUGAACUUUGGGAAGGAAUUGUUGAAGGACUUUGAUUCCUUCUUCGAGUCGGUCCGGAAGGACAUUCAGAUGGAGAGGAGCAAGGUUCGACCAGCCGACAGCGUCCGUGCGCUCUACGUUUCCAGCUUCAUGAUGGAGUUCCUUCUCAUCUUGCGGAAGAAGGAGCUUGACGCUGCGACUGAGGCCGCGAAGGCCACAGGCGAGGGGCCCGAGGCGGCGACGGCGCAGGUUGACCACGACUUGCCACUUGGUCGCAUCGCUGUGAUGGCGGAGUUGGAUACGGUCCGCUGGGUUGCCUCUCGAAUGAAGAGCACCAUGGACGAUCACCCACCUGCCUGGACUGAACUUGAGGCCAGCAUCAACUGCUUCACCCAGAUUCUCCUUCUUAUCGAGGCAAUGUCCCACUCCAGCGACGAGGAAGACAGCGAGGCGGCUGCGAUUAUCCAGAAUCAGCUGUACUACAACGGCGAUAUUUUGGACGCCUCGCUGCAGGUUGUCUCUAAUUACAAGGACCAAUCUGUUGGUUACCUCGAGGCCAUUAUCCACUUUGCAUACGUCCUCCUCCGCAUGUUGGAGAGGUACUCAAAGGACAACGCGUACAUGUAUGUGCGGAAGCGCAAAGCUGCUCGAAGGAAGCGACAGGCGCUCAAGGCGCACAACACUGGCGAGGCACCAAUCCCAGAAGAGUACGCCAACGAUGAGGAGGAGGAUAUCGGUCCCGACGAGGACGCACCGAGCUACCGCGAGCACGCGUUCACCUUUGCGUCCUUUGAGCAACGGUUUGCGUCCGAGGCCGUAGCCAGGACGCUGCUGGCGUACUUGGCACGCUACUCGUCGUUCGAUGACAUUGAGAAGGUCAAGCGUGUCGUCGGCCUCAUGCACCGACAAGUCGUCAAGGCACAAGCAGAAGGACUGUACUUCAAGGUCUCGUCAAUGUAUCUCUUUGGCAAAGUUCUCGAGGACCAGGCUUCGCUGCCCAAGGGGAAGCCGAGCAAAGACCUGGUCGAGCUCAUCGGCUUUGUGCUUCGCAAAUUCUUCAAGCGCAUGGCCGAAGACCCGUUUAUGAUCGUCGACGCGUUUGGCCCCAAGUCGCGCGGCAGGUGGAAGCAGCACUCGUCGUACAAGAGCGACGAGGAGGAGGACGACGGCAUGGGCGGGCAGCGCGCGCGAAUCCAGGAGAAGCUGGGCCCUGCCGAGCUCGAGUUUAUCAAGAAGCACAAGCUGUCGUGGAGCCAGCAGAUGGGCGUGGUGGUCAAGAUGCUCGUCGACGCCGACCACGAGGAGUGGGUUCGGUGGAUGAUCAACGUCCUCGAAAUUGUGCUUGCUGCACGAACGGAGAUCGUGCUGUCUGUGGACGGGGAACGGAAUCUCUCUGUUGUGGACAGCGAUGGCGAACGCGCAACUCGCGACUUCUCUGGCCCCAGCGCCGACGCCAUUGCCAAGUUUGCGCAGCUCGACCUCGAGCCUGACAGCGAUGAGCUCAAGGCCGCUGUUCGCGAGAAUGCGCACUUUCGACUCAUGCUCAAGCUGCUCAACUUUGAGGCCACAGAGGCCGAGGACAUUAGGGAACAGAAGUGGUUCCUCCCAUCCAAGGUUCUGCCUUCGACGAUCAGCAGCGCAGUCGGCGCGCUGAACCAGUUCCUCAUCACACCCGUGGACCUGGACGAGGACCCGAAGAAGCUUAUCCGGCGGACGAGGCGGCGUCGCGCAGCAAGCCCGGGCUCGGACUCUGACAUUGACCGCCUGCCCCGCAAGCGUCGCGCGCAAAAGGCGGCCGAGGUGCAGCAGUUCAAGUCUGCGGCGUUUAUCGUGGACUCGGACGAUGACGAGGAUGCCGACGCUGCAUUCUUUGCUCGCGAGGAGGCGCUGCGACUUCAGAUGCAGGAGAAAGCCGAGGAAGCGGGCAACAUUAUGCGCGAGACGGGGACGAAGAAGCGCAAGAGGGGAAAGCGUGGUGGUGGCCCGCUUACGCUCGACGACAUGGAGGGGGUUGUGGAGGGCGGGGAGGACGUGGUGGUGGCGGAGGAGGAGGAGGGCGUCGAUGCCGACGACGAGAGCGAGCCUGGGUCGCCGAGCACACCCGUGCCGAGGCCAUCUCGCCGACAGCGCGCGGUGCUCAGCGCAUCGCCAAAUGCCACACCAAGCGAGACUUUGGGUGCCGACUCGGACGACGACGACGCAGACGCCGUGGUGUCCCGCCGCGUCCGACCACGGCCGACGCAGCGGGUUAUCGACCCCGACGACGACGAAUAGACUAAGCC